GGGAAAAUAGCUAAACUGGCAGCACUGUUCGUAACUUGUUUUGGUGGUUAUUUCGCGGAAAGUUUGUUAAAAAAAUGUUUGUUAGUAAAUUAAUUGGAGUUUGUUUUAUAACUUUAUGUUUAUUCAUAAAUGGAAUAUACACCUCCGACAUAGAUCGUGUAGAUGACACGGAUUUGAUUCAUUUGUUAACCGGCAAAGGAAAUGUCAUCGCUCUAUUUACUAAGAACAACUGCCCGACUUGCGUGGAAUAUGAAAUUGUUGUCUCCAACAUUCAGAAUGAACUCAAGGAAACUUUAAAAGCUGAAAUUGUUUUGGCCCAAGAUAGUAAUCUAGUUACCAUCUAUGAUCCUACUAAAGAGCCAGCAUUGAUAUAUUUCCGACAAGGAAUUCCCAUCCUUUACCAUGGGCCUGUCAAGGAAGACCAAAUCGUCGAGUUCUUUAAUGAGAAUCAAGAGCCAGUUGUCAAAGAGCUAUCUGAUGAGAACUUUGAGCAUUUAACACAAGCUUCAACUGGAGCAACUACUGGGGAUUGGUUCAUUUUCUUUUAUUCCGCAGACUGUGUAUUUUGUCAACGCUUGUAUGCCGUUUGGGAAUCUGUCGGAGGCAAGCUAAAACAUAGAUUGAAUGUCGCCAGGAUCAACAGGCUAGAGGCUGGAGUCUCGACUGCGAAAAGACUAAAAGUCUUUGCAUCACCUGAAUUCAUUUUACUACGACAGGGAAAAAUCUAUCGUUAUAACUCGAAGGAUUAUACUCCAGAAGCCUUUGUCCAAUUUGCUCAAAGCGGAUUCCAAAAGCAAACUCACCCAGAAAAGGUGCCACCAGAGGCGAGCUUCAUCAACGAUUUGGUGUUUGAACGCCUACAAGGCUAUAUUAAAUCUGCCAACCUGGCGCCAUUAUUAACCGUGGGAUUGGUCAUACUUAUAAUAUUUGUGAUUACUGUAAAGCGUUUCUUUAAGAAAACUGAGCAGUUAGAAACAAAAAAUAAAAAGAAAUAGUAUACAAUACUAUCACAUUCCAAAUUA